CCCCGCGCCCCGCGCUAGUACGUGCAUGUUUCCGGGCCCGUCCCGGGCGGGGCGGCAGGCCGCGGGCGCCAAUGGAGCCGCCCUGGGAGAUCGAGCUGGAGCUGCGCCGGCACAUCGAGACCUGCGCCUGCACGUGCGACCACAUGGGCUAUGGCAACUACAUGGACUACCAUGUGGCGCCGGCCGCGCACGCCUGCAUCUGCCGCGCGAUCACCUCGCCGCACGCCCACGCGGCAGUACCAGAGGGCAUGACGUUCCCUGGUUCGCUGCCGGAUGUGGCGGAGCGGUGCGGCCGCUGGGCUCCAGACUCCCUCUCCGCAUCGGCUUCAGGCAGCUCCGACGAGAAACCUCUCCCGCGCCGGCCGCGCUGGCGCAUCGCGCUCGCCGCGCUCGUCGUGCUGGCCGCACUGGCGCUGGCACUGGCGUUGCCCCUCGUGCUCGGUGGCGGCGGCCGUGCCACGCCUGAGCAGCGCCUCACCACCAUCCGGCGGAUGCUGCGCGACACGCCCCUGGUCGACGGCCACAACGACCUGGCGUGGAACGUUAGAAAAUUUCUUCACAAUAAAAUCGGCGAGUUCAACCUGAGCGCUGGCCUGGAGGGCCUCGAGCCGUGGGCGCGCUCGCGCUGGUCGCACACGGACAUCCCGCGGCUGAGGCUAGGCCAGGUCGGCGCGCAGUUCUGGUCCGCGUACGUGCCAUGCGGCGCGCGCGACCGCGACGCCGUGCAGCUGGCGCUCGAGCAGAUGGACGUCAUCAAGAGGAUAGUGGAGAUGAACGCGGCGCACCUCGCCCUCGUCUCCGAUGCCGCCGAGUUGCUUGACGCGCACCGCGACGGCCGCAUCGCCUCACUCAUUGGGGUCGAGGGCGGCCACGCGCUCGGUGACUCCCUGGCCGUGCUGCGCGCCUUCUACCAGCUGGGCGCCCGCUACCUGACCGUGACGCACACCUGUGACACGCGAUGGGCGCGCGCCGCCGGCACGUCCGGUGGCCUGACGGAGUUCGGGCGCGCCGUCGUGCGGGAGAUGAACCGCCUGGGCAUGAUCGUCGACCUCUCCCACGCCGGCGAGGAGACGGCCCGGGACGCGCUGGAGACGUCGCAGGCGCCGGUGGUGUUCUCGCACUCGGGGGCCGCCGCGCUGUGCAACUCGUCGAGGAACGUUCCCGACGACCUCCUGCGGAUGAUCGCCGCGAACGGGGGCGUGGUCAUGAUCAACUUCUACGCGAAGCUGGUCGCGUGCGGCGAGCGAGCGACGGUGGAGGACGUGGUCGCGCACAUCAACCACGUGCGAGCGGUGGCGGGGGUGGAGCACGUGGGGCUGGGCGCGGGCUACGACGGCAUCGACGCGCCGCCCGAGGGGCUGGAGGACGUGUCCCGCUACCCGCACCUGCUGGCGGAGCUGCUGCGCGACCCGGCGUGGAGCGAGGAGGACGUGCGCAAGCUGGCGGGCAUGAACGUGGUGCGCGUGAUGCGGGACGUGGAGCGCGUGCGCGACCAGUGGCGGCGCGCCGCCGUGCUGCCCGGCGAGGAGACGGCGGGCGCGCGCCGCGGCGACUGCGCGUACGGGCCCGCGUGACGUAGGCUGCGCGCCGCGCGCUCCCGCGGCACCCCUCGUACUGCUCAAUAUUGACACUCGUUGAAAGUAGUUAUACAUGUAUAUUAGUGUCCAAAUGUGAUUUAGAGAUUAAAGUAAUCUUUACCUGACCUCGAUGCACAAAUUGUUUAGCUAAGGAGCCGCGCGCGCUGGGCGCUUCGUCUCGACUUCGGCCCGCGGCCCAUCCGCUGAACUCUUCUCCAUCCACGCACACGACUUCGUUGACGAAUGCCCAAUGCGAUCCGCGAUUUAUAUGAUGUGAGCUAUUGAUAAUACAAAGAGGAAUGUGUUUAUAGAAAAAUAAAUAUUCUUUAUUUAUA